CCGUAUCUUCUUCUUCUCCGGAGUAUUCCUUGCUGUAUAUAUCCUGCACAGACUGGAGAGCUGUUCCUAGGGUUCUUAUUCUUUGGCUCGUUCCGUCACCGUGCUCUGAAAGCGUGAGGACCGUGUCUACGGCACCUAGCUGGUCCAACCCCGCAUUUAAACUGUUAGGCAUCAAGACCCAUAUGGGCAUAUCGAGCAGUGACCGCCUGAAGUCGAGAGCACAGACGGACCACCAGCGAACGGCACGCUCAAGAUUAUCUGUUUCGAAUAACGCACGAUCAACAUGCUCGGAGGCUUGCUCUUCUCCUUUGUGAGAUUCUGGGAGAUCAUCACCUUGAUUCCAGUCAUUGGCAUGCUGGCAUGGUUUGUCGAUGGCUUCAACGAUAACAACCAACUUACCCCCUCCUUCAUCCUCGUCCUCUUCAUCGUCUCGAUUCUAGCCUGCGCCUGGGCCAUUGCUACUCUACUGCGUCUCGGUUCCACCCGUCGCUCCGCCUUGUUCGUUGCCUUUAUCGAUCUAUGCUUUGUCGGUGCUUUCAUUGCCGCCGUCUACGAACUUCGGAAAAUCAGCGACGUGAACUGUAACAAUUUCUCAAGCGGCUCUAUCUACAUCAACCUGGGGCCUUUUGGGUACUAUGGCAGGAACAGUGGUUCCUCGUGGGCGGUUCAUCUCAACAAGAACUGCUCCAUGCUGAAAGCAUCUUGGGUGUUCGGUAUCAUCAACAUUAUAUUCUUUUUCUGGACGUUCAUCCUCGCCCUCUUCCUCCAUCGGCACGAACGGAAAGUGGUUGUGAAGGAAGUGCGAAGGACAUCGAGACACAGCAGCCGGAGAGGCCAUUCUCGUUCGGGAUCGAGACGGAGCAACAGCCGCCGCCGCUACUAUGUUUGAACAAGCAACAGACCCAAAUAUUGGUCAAAGAGGCGGCUCUCUGGAGAGGAGGAGCGGAAGGCGGGAUGUGGCUCACGAAUUUCCUUGACUUGACUCUGAUAUGUGUGGCCAAAACAGGACGGUAAACCUAUGUAUUAGCGACCCAGCGAGCUUUGUCGACCUUGUGCUUGGCUGAUCUAGCCAAGUGUUCAAGAAGGAUUGGAUAUUUUGAUGGACAGAACUGCGAUGUUGAUUUUUGGAAGCUUGGACUCCAUCAGCUUGCCCAGCGCCUCGGGCGUAUGACUGGCGUAAUAAAUGUUCCAAAUGAAUUCGAUGAAGCAAGAAAGAUGGGGGACAUUUCUCACGAUAAGCGGAUGAUGGCGGGCAGCAGUCUUGCCAGUCACAUUCCAGAAGAUUGUUUGUCGGAGAACGCCGAUCGAAUCUCAACUUGACUUCUAGAAACCAGUACGGGAGCAAGCCCCAUCUUUCAUAAAUCGCCUCUCGUACUCGUACAUGC